UCCAACAUCCUGAUUUCGCUACAGUCUAAACCCCUCGUUUUCAUCACCGCCGUUCGAGGAGUCCAUCGCCGUCCCGGUUUUACCCGUUGUUUCCAUCGCCAUUUCCAUAGCUAUUUCCAUUGAUGCCAUCGUCUUCGCCUGGUUUAUCCUUGGAGAAUAAGCGGCAUACCAAGUUGAUUAUGUUGGCUAGUAAUAGAUUGUUGCAGAGGUUGGCUUCUUGUUAUUGUAGGCUGUACUCUCAUCCUUCCCAUCUUUAUCAUUUUCGAAACUUCUCUCUUUGGUCAAUGAAGAAAGACUCGGAUCUUGAAUCAGCUCUUUCGAGAAAUCGCCGUUGGAUAGUCAAUAACCAGAUUAAAAACAUAAUACUUAGAUGCCCAAACCAGGUGGCACCUUUGAAGCAUCUUCAGAAGAAGUUUAAGAGUCUCGAUCUUCAAGGCAAAGCCCUCAAUUGGCUCAAGAAGUAUCCCUGUUGCUUCGAAGUUUAUCUCGAUAAUGAUGAGUAUCAUUGUAGAUUAACAAAGCAGAUGAUGCAUUUUGUCGAAGAGGAAGAAUCGGUGAAAGAUAUGCAGGAGCCGAUAUUUGUACAGAGAUUGGCAAAGUUGUUAAUGAUGAGCAUGAAUCAAAAGCUUAAUGUUACAAAACUUAAUGAGCUCAAACACAGCUUUGGAUUUCCAGAUGACUACAUCAUUAGAAUUUUACCGAAGCACCCAGAAAUGUUUCGACUGGUUAAUAACGGUUGGAGGAAGAGUUCAAUGGAAAUUGAACUUCUGGCGUGGAACCCUGAUUUAGCAGUCUCUGCUGUUGAAGCCUCAGCUUGGAAACAGGGAAUAAAGCCUUGUUUCUCAUGUUUGUUACCUCCAACUUGGAUCAAAUCACGACAGAGGUUUGAAGAAUUUAAUGCUAUUCCCUACGUCUCACCUUAUUUAAAUCCUAGAUGUUUAGAGGAAGGAACAAAGGAAAUGGAUAAGAGAAUUGUGGGUAUUGUGCAUGAGUUGUUGUCAUUGACAUUGUGGAAGAAGCUAUCGAUUAUAAAGCUAAGCCAUUUCAAGAAAGAGUUUGCUUUACCUGAGAAAUUGAAUGUUUUGUUGCUCAAGCACCCCGGCAUCUUUUACGUGUCGAACAAGUAUCAGAUUUACACUGUGCUCCUUAGAGAAGCUUAUGAUGGGUCUGAAUUGGUUGAUAAAGAUCCACUAGUCAUUGUCAAGAAUAAAUUUGGAGAAUUGAUGCAAGAAGGGCUUCACGAAUAUAACCAGAGGCAUCGAUUGGUAAAUUUGGAAAAGAAGAAGAAAGGGAUGAAUUUGAUGAAGUCGGAGAGAAGGAAAAUUGGAAGCGCUGAAAAUUCUGACCAUGAUGACAAUGGUGAUAAUUUAGGAGGUUUAUUUGACCCGGAAGAACGGAAACGAUUUUAUAAGGCUCUUUUUGAUGAAAAGGAUCCAUAAAUUCAAGCUGAUUUUAACCUCAAUGUCUUUUGUUUUUCGGAUCCAGCUAGUAAUGAGCAAAGCCUGGGGAAGGCUUUAGCAACCGGGUUGACUACUGAGAAUAAGGAACUGAAACUACGGCUACAGGCUAUAGAGUAACAAGCACAUCUUAGAGAUGCUUUGCAUGAAAAAUUGAGGGAAGAAGUGCAACGGCUUAGGAUACAAGCUGGCCAAGUGUCUGCUAUGAAUGGAAAUCCUUUCAGUAGAGGAGUGCCUCAAAUUUUUUCCCCAUCAACAUGCUCCACAUCACUUUGGCGUCCUGCAGAGACCGUCACAGCAGAGCAGCAGAUGCCUCGGUUAUCCACCAACAACCAAGCUUCGAAUGGACAGCCUCAACCAGGGAUGGACUCAUGAUUUUAUGUUAAGAGACGAACUUAUAAAGUUUUAGGGGACAAAAACAGAUUAUUAAUAGUAAAUAAAAAAAAAUACUUAAAUUACAUGAGAUUUUGAAAGUUUCAGG